GUCAAUAUCCUGGCCAGUUGCACCUUCCUGCAGGCUGCUGCACUGCGCCUGUGCUGGCCGAAAAGUUCAGAGUUCGUGAAAAUUUUCUCACAGUCGCAUUUUGUUUCUUAGCUGGAAAGCAUCGCCGUGUUUUUUGUGUUUAAGAAGAUAAUAUGGCCCGUACUAAGCAGACCGCCCGUAAGUCGACCGGAGGAAAGGCUCCCCGUAAGCAGCUGGCCACCAAGGCUGCCCGUAAAUCGGCGCCCUCCACCGGUGGAGUAAAGAAGCCCCAUCGUUAUCGUCCCGGAACUGUGGCCCUUCGUGAAAUCCGUCGCUACCAGAAGUCGACCGAGCUGCUUAUCCGCAAGCUCCCCUUCCAGCGACUGGUUCGUGAAAUCGCCCAGGAUUUCAAGACCGAUUUGCGUUUCCAGUCCGCGGCCAUUGGAGCUCUUCAGGAAGCUUCGGAGGCGUACCUAGUGGGUCUGUUCGAAGAUACCAACUUGUGCGCCAUUCACGCCAAGCGCGUCACCAUUAUGCCCAAGGACAUCCAGUUGGCGCGCCGCAUCCGAGGCGAGCGUGCUUAAGCUGGAUCAGCAUCCCAAGGAGCAAACGGAUCGAUCCCUGUCGUCCAUCCCCGAAAAGACCAUUCUGAUUUACGUUUUGUUGAGGGAAAGGAGCCUGAAGAAGAGCACCAGCGACACUUUGAUCCAAUCUAUCAUUCAUAUUUACAUGUAUACAUUUAUCAUCCUUUUGUUGGUCAAUCAUCGGAUCGUCAGAAUGCCGAUGCGAAGAACACCACACACAAAACAACACACAACAUUACUGUAAUGCUUAAAAUAUUUGUAAUUCUUAUUAUUACUAUUAUAUAUUAGUUAUUAAGUUUUUUUUCUCGCCUGAGCGUCGACGGUUCGUUCGCGCUGAUGAUGCCGCGCUGCUUUCUAACCCAAUUCCGCCGGGUCCACCACCAAUUGUUUUGGAGGAGGAGGUGAACUCCACCGAGCGGCCAUCGUCGUCUGUCCGCCUGCAACAUCCGCCACCAACAACUCCAACAAAUGUCUGGCUGGCAGACCCCGGUUUCGAGAAAUCCGUUGUCUUUAAGGCGCCUGCUUCUACUUCCUAAAAGGGGAGCUCAACAUCUGGCUGCCGGGGCACGCGGAACUGGAGAUCGGGGCCAACGUAACGCCAGCUGGACGUGGUAAGGCGGACAGACGAUGGCGGACUGCUCGGUGGGGAUGCCCCGGAUAUCUGGAAGGGCGGCGAGGGCGUGGCCAUCUGGCGGUCAAACCGAAGACACACGGCAUUUAACAUAUGAUGAAGAUGAUAUCCACAUAUAACACCGAAGACCGAAUUGAGUACACUUAACUUUACACUUACGUAUAUGCAUAUAUACAUAAAUAUAUAUAUAUAUAUAUCUAGAAAACGAAAACACUAGACAUUAAUACUCUCUUUAUUUUGUUCACCUUUCGUUACUGCAAAUCACAAACAGAGCAUAUAAUAUAUAUAUAAAUAAUAUAUAUAUAUAUAUAACGAAGAGGGAUGGGCGUGACAGAGUUAGUUGAUUAAAUAAGAUUUUAGAUUUACAUGCAUUUUAUACGUUUAGGCGGAAGAAGUAGAGGAGAAAAGAUGGAAAAGAUAUAAAGAUGAUUCAGCAAUCAAAUUAAUAAUACACGUCUAUAGAUUUGGAAGAGCAUCGAAUAAUAACAGAAACAAAAAA